GAGCAACUUCUUAGCUCCUUGGCUUUUCAUAAUUCAUAGUUUCGGGCUGAGCUUCUACAGAAUUGCAGAAAGAAACAAUAGCUGAAUUUAAAACAGAGGAACAUGAACAGUGAACAACCACAUCCUCAACUGAAACCAAAUGAGCGAGCAAUCAAAGAGACGAGCCAAACCAAGCACUGAUCCCUCUCUCUCUCUCUCUCUGGAUGCCCAUUCUCAAAACACCAACGGUCACAUACCAUCCAUCUCCCAGAUCCCCAUAACGGCCCAAGCUUCUUCAAUAAAACCCCAAGCCGUCAGAAACCCUCUUCUCAGACUUCGAAACCCCUUUCUUCCCCUGUUCUUUCUUUCUUUCUUUCCCAGUGUCCAUUGUCGGCAAUGAAGAACCCCAUUGUCUCUCUCCUUCUCUUUCUACUCCUCGGCGCCACGGUCCCCCUCCACGCAUCCCCCGCACCUCCCAACCGCUCCAUGGCCCAAGUCGGGGGCGUCACGUUGGAGCUGUGGUGCGUGGCCAAGAACAACGCCGACGACGGCGCUCUGCAGGGGGCGUUGGACUGGGCCUGUGGCCCCGGCGCCACCGACUGUAGGCCGAUCCAGCCCGGCGGGCCCUGCUACGAUAGCACUGAUCUCCAGCAGAGGGCCUCGUAUGCCUUCAACGACUACUACAUCAAGCAUGGCUCCAGUGACGACAGCUGCGACUUUGGCAGCACUGCCGCGCUGACUUCGCUUGAUCCCAGUUUUAGCAACUGCAAAUUUCCGUCCAGCACUACAGCGAACAAUGGUUCAAUAACAAUACAGGGAAUGGCGCCCGGUAUUGCAGAUAUGAGUGGUUGUAGUAAGAUGACUGGAAGAAGAUGGGGCUGGGCCAUAAUCAUUAUUCAUUUGGUCUUCACAAUUAUUCAUGGACUAUAGCGCUGGGGAGUGCCUGUCAUGGAGGGAAGCAAAAGCAAAAAGCUUUCCCUUCCAAAAAACAGGAUCAAUUUUUUUUAAAGAGAAUAUAUAUACUAGGUAUUUAGGUUCUGAUCGGGAAUUUUAUUAGUCUGCCAUAGUGAGGGAUCAUUAGAUGUAUUGCAAUUUCUGUUUAUUGUUUGCGAUACAUUUGGUGAAAUCAAUUUUUAAUUCAGUUUCAGAAUUGUGCAUUCAGCUUGUUGAAGUUAUCAUGGCUCGUUUUUUGGACAUUUUUUUUUUUUCGUUUGACACUCGUUAAUUUUGGAGAGAAAAAAGUGCUUUUGCACGGCUAAAUUCUUGUAAACUCUUCUUUGAAAUUAGAUAUGCCUGCUUCUCAUCAAGAAACUACUAUGUCAGCA